AUGUCGACGGUCGUGGUCGUGGUCCACGCCGGGCGUCAUCUGCCGACCGACUGCCGCCUGCGCCUCGCGCUCCUGCCCAACGCUGUGCCCAGAGCAGACGCGCCGUCGCCGUCGCCACCGCCGCCGCCAGCAGACGCGCUAUGGGUCCCGACGCAGCCGCUGCGCUUCGAGCUCGCAUGGCCGAGCGACGACGCUGCGCCGAUCGUCUCGAUCGAGGUGUGGGAUUGUGCCAAAGCCUACGACACCUUUGUUGCUGCCGUCCAGCGAACGGCGUCGGCCACAGACCCCGAGUGGUGGACGUUCCCAGCCUCCAACAUGGCACUGCACAUUUCUAUUGUGGUCAAGACGACGACAAUAACGCCGCCACGCACGAUGGACUUUCGCUUUGAAGUACCGAGUCAUCGCAUCGACUGGCGUGCUCUGCAGCCUCUCCAUCUCGGCGCGAUCGUGCAUCACGUGGACACGGCCGCGCUCGAGGCAUGCCUCGACACCGUCUUGUACGGCGACUGCAACGAAGACGGCGAGCUGUACCCGGCCAUGCUUUUGCUGCAGCUCGCAGCCCAGUAUGCCAACUACUGCUGCGAAACGAUCGCGAUCCAGACAUCACAGCUCCAAGUCGCACUGGACGCCGCCAACGCCCGGCGACGACGCCUUCAUGAGAAGCGGUCGCAUGCCACGGCCAAGAUCGAGCAGCUGCGUCGACAGCAAGCCUCGCUGGACGACGUCCUCGCGACCUUUGAGCGCGUUUCGACCACGACGCCACCGUGAAAGUGUUAACCCGCCUGUCUAUUUUGAGCGGGAUAACGUCGCAAUACA